CGGACGGUGGGCGCUCCCCAUGGCGACGGCAGAGCGGCGCCGGGUUCCGCCAUGUCCUUCAAGCGGGAUGGGGACGACGCGGGGCAGCUGGCGGUGCUGCAGCGGAGACGCGUGGCGGAGCUCCUGGCCAAUUACAUCCCGGAGGACGAAGCGCUGCUGCUGAGGAGUGGGAGAUACGCCUGCACGGUGUGCCCGCACCGCCCCGUCUUCGACACGCUGGAGGUGCUGGCGGUGCACCGGGCCGGCAGGAAGCACGUGGGCAACCUCCGGCGCUGCUACGGCGGCAGCCGCACGCAGGAAGCGGCGGUGCGGGAGCGGCAGUGCCGGGAGGCGGCGCUGGGCACUGAGGGCUCCCCGGCCCCUCUGCUGCUCAGGACGAGGCGGAUCGCGCAGAGCGCGCUGCUGAAGGCAGCUCCGUACAGCAGCUGUUGCAGGAGGACGGGGGCGGAUGGAAGCGGUGUGAGAGCAGGAAGGACCCGAAUGGGGCCGAGCGCUGCCCCCACAGCUGUGAAGGAGCGCAGAGAUGCAGUGGAGGCCACUGCUGCAGUGCUGCUGCCCGGGCGCUGCGGUGGGAGAGGAGAGGCAGCAGUGGAUUCCACCGACACCCAGCAGGGUGGUUUGAGGGGGGCUCAGCCAUCGCCACCCCCCAGUCAGCCCUCGGCUGUCAGCCCCGCGCGGCGCCAGGAGCUGCAGCGAUACCUACAGCUGCGGAGCGCCGGAUGGAUCCAGGACCCCUCUGGGAAGUGGGUGAAGGAUGAGAACGCCGAGUUUGACUCCGAUGAGGAGGAGCCCCCCGCGCUGCUGCCCACCUGAGGUGCCCAUCCUCCAGGGCUGCCCCCAGCCCCAGUGCUGUGGGAAUGGGGCAGCUGGAGACGAAGGGCUGUGUGGGUCCUGUGGAAAUACAGCCUGGUGCUGCAGGGAUCCGGCAUCGCGGGUCCCCUUGUUUUGUGCUCACAGUGCCCCUUUUUGGGGCUGUUCCUGUCGCAGUGCUCUGAUCUCGGUGUGGGCUCUGGGUUGUCCCCAGCUGUCCCUGCCCAGGUCACGCUCAGCACGGUGCACACGCAGCUGCCCAGGGGGUCACGGCCUUUAGGGGCGGCAGCGUUGGGCUCCCCCUCCUCGUGUCCCAGCAGCUGUCCCUGCGGUCGGCGGAGCGCCCGGCCACGUCACCCCACCUCCCCGCAUCAGCCUGCGGGUCCCAUGGGUGCUCCCACCUCAGGGCGCAGCCCCACACCCUGCCAGCUCCCAAACCUCCACCCACAGCCUGGGGAGAGACCCCUCCCCAGCCCGUAUGCACUGUGGGCCCCAGAGCUCUUGUGUGGGGUGGGGGGGUGGGGGCUCCCUGGCAGCGCUGCCCCGGCUGAUGUUACACCUGGGCGCUGGGAUUUACCCGCUUGCUCAGCUCGGGGCCAUAAAUAGUUGUUGGGAUGGGCGCCAGCUCUGCAGUGGGUGCCAGCAGCGACCCGGCACCGGGCUGGGGGGGGCUCUUUCCAGAGCCCUGCAGACCCCCACCCUCCCCACAGCCCCACAGUGCCACCCGCUAUGGGCCCUGGGUGCCCGGCUCUGAGACCCAUGGGUGCCCACCUCCCUGCUGGGGGUGCCUCGCUUCCCUCCCCCCCCAAAAUCUUGGCAUUGCUCUGGGCCCUGUAACCCAAUCCUUUGGGUAUAAAUACCCCAACCGUGCAGCUCGCUGCUUCCUGAGGGGAUCCAGAGGUCUGGCUGGGCCCCUUAGCGAGCCCUUCGUUAACGGUUCGAGGUAAUUGGGGCCCUCUGGGUCUGAAGCUGUGAAAGAGGGCAUUACACUCCACAAGCCAGCUCCA